GUCGUCGUCGUCGUGGUCAUCGUUAUCGCCGUCGUCGUGGUCGUUGCCGGACUCCUUCGAAGCUAGGGCCCGCCGUGGCAGGGAGAGGCGGUGCGUGAGCUGUUGCGGUUCGGGGUACUUUGGCCGGCCUUGUCCGAGCGACCGUCGCGUCGUUAUGGCUGGGGACCAUGGGGAUGGCGCGGCUGCCCCGGGCCGCAUCGACCAGAAGCUCAUCGCUUCCAUGGUCAACACUUGGGUGGCCGAGUCGGGCGAGUUUAUGCAGGCGUUCGCACGACACGCUGAGGUAAAACUCCUGGAGCUUGGCAGCAAGGUUGACAGGCUGGAGCGCCUCGUCCACCUCUUCGAGCACAAGCUGCGGGACUUCGAGCCCGCGCCCGCGGGCCCCGCGGCGCCCUCGCCGCGGGAGGAGGCCGCGCCCACGCAGCCGCGCGUGCCGCCCACGGGCCCGCAGGGCGACGAGGGGCCGGGCGGCGCGGCGGCGGCCGAGGCGGCGCCGGCGGCGGCGGCGGCCGAGGACGAGAGGUACGCAGUGUACCGCAGGAUGAAGAACGCGGGCGUCCCCGAGGGCGCCAUCCGCCAUAAGUUCGAGACGGACGCCUCGAACGACCCCGGCCUCGACAGGGGGUUGCUCAACGGCAUCCUGGGCUCCAAGGGGGAAGCCGCGCCCACGGCGCCCAGACCGCCGCCGCCAGCGCCAGGGCCACCGCAUCCAGCCGAGCCGGCGGCGGAAGGCCCAGCAGC